ACAAUGGUCAUCGUCAUCGUUUUUCUCACAUGUACAUCUAUCGUUUUUUUCUGGAUGAUUAAAUGUUUCAUUGAGUGUUGUUUUUAUUGAUCAUCGGCAAAUCACGAUCUUUAUGAUUGUGUGGCUUCAUCCAGAAAAAAAGUGCUAGCUGAAAAGGAAAAAAAUCUUGAAUUUCUUGUUCGAGAGUGUUCGACUUUUGUGUUUAUCGAGAAUAAUGGAUGCCGGUGAUGAAAUUCUUGAACCAUUAGAGCCAUCCAUACGGAAUAUAAUCGAACAGAAAACAUUAAAAUGGAUAUUUGUCGGUGGUAAAGGUGGUGUUGGUAAAACAACUUGUUCAUGUUCAUUAUCCGUACAAUUAGCUAAAGUUCGUGAAAGCGUAUUGAUCAUAUCGACUGAUCCGGCACAUAACAUAAGUGAUGCAUUCAAUCAGAAAUUUUCUAAAGUACCAACAUUGGUCAACGGAUUUACCAAUCUAUAUGCAAUGGAAAUUGAUCCAAAUCUUGGUACCGAACAAUUGCCGGAUGAUUUUUUUCAACAAGAUGAUCCCAUGCGUUCAGCAAGAGGUAUCAUUAAAGAUCUUUUAGGUUCAUUUCCCGGUAUCGAUGAAGCGAUGUCAUAUGGUGAAGUAAUGAAAUUAGUAAAAUCAAUGAACUAUGAUGUUGUUGUAUUCGAUACGGCACCAACUGGACAUACACUUCGUUUGUUAACAUUUCCAACAAUUGUAGAAAAAAGUUUAGGUAGUUUUAUGCGAAUCAAAUCACAAUUUAGUUCAAUGUUUAGUUCAUUAUCGACAAUGUUUGGUUUACAAAGUAAUUCAGGUGAAAUGAUUAAUACAAAAAUUGAAGAAUUAUUACCAAUCAUAAAGACUAUUAAUGAACAGUUCAAAAAUCCUGAACAAACCACAUUUGUUUGUGUUUGUAUUGCUGAAUUUCUAUCACUAUAUGAAACUGAACGUUUAGUACAAGAAUUAACGAAAAUGAAUAUCGACACGCAUAAUAUUAUUGUCAAUCAAUUGAUCAUGUAUCCGAAUGGUCAACCAAUCAAUUGUAAUGUAUGCCGUGCAAGAAUUCGUAUACAACAAAAAUAUCUAAAUCAAAUUGAAGAAUUAUAUGAAGAUUUUCAUGUUACAAAAUUACCAUUAUUAGAUGAUGAAGUACGUGGACCGGAACGUGUUAUUUCAUUUAGUAAAAAUCUAAUCGAACCAUAUGAUCCAUCAUCAUCAAGUGGUCAUUCAUCUUAAUGUUCAUCAUCAGCACAACAGCCUCUUUCCAGCUAUCACCCAAUAAUUUU